UUAGGUCAUGGAACCAAAGGAGUGUUUGAACUUCUUUCAGGAUGGCGCAGAACCAGAGAGAACCUUCCAUUCAAGGACAGGGUAGCAGACACCUAUUCUGAUGUCAUGGUCACCUAUACAAUGACGACCUCCUUGUACUUCAUAGCCUUUGGAAUGGGUGCCAGCCCUUUCACCAACAUUGAGGCUGUGAAAGUUUUCUGCCAGAACAUGUGCAUCUCCAUCCUGUUGAACUACUUCUAUAUCUUCUCUUUCUUUGGCUCCUGCUUGGUUUUUGCUGGACAGCUGGAGCAGAACCGUUACCACAGUAUCUUCUGCUGUAAAAUCCCUUCAGCAGAAUACCUGGAGAGGAAACCUGUGUGGUUCCAAACCAUGAUGAGCGACGGCCAUCAGCACACUUCUCAUCACGAGAUUGACCCCUACCAGAAUCACUUCAUCCAGCAUUUCCUACGAGAACAUUACAACGAGUGGAUUACUAACAUCUACGUCAAGCCAUUUGUGGUGAUCCUGUAUCUCAUUUAUGCCUCUUUCUCCUUUAUGGGGUGCUUGCAGAUCAGUGAUGGAGCCAACAUCAUCAACCUUCUAGCCAGCGAGUCUCCAAGCGUCUCCUAUGCCCUCAUCCAGCAGAAGUAUUUCAGCAACUACAGUCCUGUGAUAGGAUUCUACAUCUAUGAACCUCUUGAUUAUUGGAAUGGCACCGUGCAAGAAGACUUAAAAACCCUAAGCCAUGGGUUCCAUACGGUGUCCUGGAUCGAACAAUACUAUCAGUACCUGAGGAUUGGCAACCUCAGCACUACCAACAAAAGCGAUUUUAUCAGCAUUCUCCAGAGCUCCUUUUUAAAAAAAUCUGAAUUCCAGCACUUCAAAAAUGACAUCAUUUUCUCCAAGGCUGGAGACGAGAACAACAUCAUUGCUUCCCGCAUGUAUCUGGUGGCCAGGACUAGUGAAAACACACAAAGGGAGGUGGUGGAAUUGCUGGAGAAGUUAAGGCCACUAUCUCUAAUACAGAGCAUCAAAUUCAUUGUAUUCAAUCCUACCUUUGUUUUCAUGGACCACUAUGGUUUGUCCGUAACUAUGCCUGUUCUGAUUUCUGGCUUUGGCAUCCUGCUUGUGUUAAUACUGACCUUUUUCCUGGUUAUUCAUCCUCUGGGAAACUUCUGGUUAAUUCUCAGUGUCACCUCAAUAGAGUUGGGGGUCCUAGGCUUGAUGACCUUAUGGAAUGUAGAAAUGGAUUGUAUUUCUAUACUGUGCCUUAUCUACACUUUGAAUUUUGCCAUAGAUCACUGUGCACCCCUGCUUUACACAUUUGUACUAGCAACUGAGCACACCCGAACUCAGUGUAUAAAAAACUCCCUUCAAGAGCACGGGACAGCCAUUUUGCAAAAUGUUACUUCUUUUCUUAUUGGGUUGGUCCCCCUUCUCUUUGUGCCUUCAAACUUGACCUUCACACUGUUCAAAUGCUUGCUGCUCACCAGCAGUUGCACACUACUGCACUGUUUUGUUAUUUUGCCAGUCUUCCUAACUUUUUUCCCACCCUCCAAAAAGCACCACAAGAAAAAGAAACGGGCCAAAAGGAAGGCGCGGGAAGAGAUUGAAUGCAUAGAGAUUCAGGAGAAUCCUGAUCAUGUAACAGCUGUCUGAAAGGCUUAGAAAAAAUAAUAUAGAUAGAUAUACAUUACAAAGCAUUGCACAGAGAUGCAGGGAAAAUAGAGCAAAGAUCUCAGCUGCUUGUGCUGGCCAGGUGUAACAAGGAAAAGAAGACCAAGAAGGGGUAUUUCAUGACACAUCAAGGUGAACUCUUUUAAACAAAAUAACAAAAGUGAAAAUAAUCUAAAAUUUUUGUCUUUGAAUUCUCAUUCUCCACUGUGGGCCUUUAAGUGGUCUUGAAUUUCAAAUUCUAGUUCUAAAUGUGAAUUGAUCAAUCAGCCACACGUAAGACAGAAGAUGGGGAGUAGGGUGGAGUAGGAAGUGUUACCAAGAAGAAAAUAGUGUAGGCUAGAAUGAUUUGAUAAAAUUGCCCAGGAAAAAGCAACAGGAGUUUCAAAACAGCAAUGAUAAAGAUGAAAAAUAGGAGAGAGUAAAAAUGCCAUGAUAUUUUUCAUAUUUGUUUUCUGAAGUGGGUUGGUGAAACUAAACCUAUGCACUUGGGAAGUAGAGAUUUAAAUCAAUAUAAGCCAAAGUACUUUCCAACUUGAAUAUACAGUAUUUAACUAUAUGCCACAGUUAAAUCAUUAUCAUUAAUUCAGAUGGUAAAUCUAUACUGCCAUAUGAUACAGGUACUGGAUAUAUGGGUAUAUGAAAGAGGAAAUAAUUGUAGUCCAUUUGGAAAUUCAAAAUUUGAUUUCUUUAAAAUGAUAUUUGUCCAUUCUCCCAAUGUGGUUAUCAAGGACCUCUUAACUGAUGGUUAUUAGUAUAAAUAUGCUUUGAUACGUGUGGAUUCUGGAAUUCCCCUUCCAUUAACAGAUCUUAUAAAAGUAACCCAGGCCGUUACCACAAUGGUAAUUACAAUGGUAAUUGCAAUUACUGCAGAGCUAAUUUCUAGAUUCCUAAAUUCUCAGUGUUAACAUAAAAUGCUGAAUAUUAAUCAAUCAGGAGCUUUAGAUACAAUGACAGAUAUCAUACUGUAGACACAGUGAUGUGAUCAUGCUGUGACUGAAUCAGUUCUGCAGCAUGCACUGUAUUGGCUUCUAUAUUUGGUUCAAGGUGCAAAGAUACCUAUUUGCUGGUCCCCGCAAUAUGCUACAGGACAUGGGAUUCUCUGCUUCUGUUAGUAAACCGAUCAGUAGAAUAUGCUUUUUACCACCUGCAGAAAAUAAUGUUUUAAUCAAUGUUUGAGUGAGACCGGAUGAAAUUCUCACUAUAAAAAGCCCGAUCAGCCCCUUAGGGGAGUGCUGAUUGUUAUUUUUACUAAAUAUUUGCGUGUUUGAUUGAUGUCUGCAACAUCAAGCUUUGUUAUGGCUGUUGAAAUUUAAUAGAAGGCAGUAAAUCUGCACUUACUGCAUGACACUAGAAUUAUGCCAUAAAGUAUUACAAAAGGAUCUUCCUUGCUUUGUAAACUAUACAGCUUAGCAGCUCUAGAGACAGAAUGAAAAGACACUUAAACAGUUUUUAAGUUAACCUUCAAGGCCAAAUUCUGUCUCUACUUAUGCCAUGUACAUCUCUCAUCUCAAAUAGUGUUUUAAAAGGGCUUGUUUUAUACGCUCUUGAAUGCAAUCUAGCUUCGUAUCAAUGGGUGAUAGAUAUAUGGUGGUGUUGUAGCUAUAUUGGUCCCAGGAUCUUAGAGAAACAAGGUGGGUAAGGUAAUCUCUGUUAUUGGACCAACUUAUGUUGGUGAGAGAGACAACCUUAAGAACUCUGUAUAAGCAUGAAAGUCUGUCUCUCUCAUCAACAGAAAUUGGUCCAACAAAACAGAUUACCUCACCCAGCUUGUUUCAUCAGUAAAUGAUGUCUUCCUGAAUAUAUGGCAGCCAGGUGGACACUAUAAAAAUGGAGUGGUAAUGGGGAAUGUUUGUUAUAUCUACUUUAGGAUUCCUUUAAAAGAUGUCUGAGCUAUUUACCUCUGGAACUGUGAUACACUUGCACAUAUUUUGUUCAUGGCUGACUUACUCUAGAUCAAGGCUACUCAACACGUUGCCCAUGGGCCACAUGUGGUGCAGUUUGAGUUUAU